AUGUCUUCAAUCAUGGAACAACUCCGCCGGGAGCAAGAGUCUCCCGAAAAAGAGAAUUCACUUCCAUCGCCCUCUGAUAAUCGGCCUGAGCCGUCAGAUUUUCGCGUACCUGAGCCGCCUCAGAGAAAACGAAAAAGGAGCAGCUCCCCAUCCCCAACUCGAAUCAGCAAAAAGGCCCUCUUGGACUUUUUAUUCGGCGCCGAAGAUCAACCCUCAACUUCGAGAGCAAUCGAGACCACUCCUGAAGACAACAACGACAAAUCUCAACCCAAGUCGCCAAAGAAGCGCAAGCACAUUCCUCCACGACCAGCAUCUAGCUCCGACGACGAAGACGACGGUGACGACGAAGACGACUGCACCCCCGAGCCUUCCGUCAAGAAAGCCAAAGCCGCCCCCUACACGCCGACCUUUAUAAAGAUCCAAACCGCGUUUCCAAUCUUGGAGAAGGAGGAGGAAUCUCUCUCGGCGCCAUUUUUGGCGCUCAUCGACGGACACAAGCUCUCCAAUCCUCCCAAGGGCACCUACUGGAUCAACUUGCUCAUUGAGCGAAGCGUUCGCAAAGACACGAGCCCCCGAUUUGAUUUUGAAAAGCUGUUGAAGCGAGGAUCGCGCAUUCAGUGCGUUAUUAAUCUCCACAGUUUUAAUCCCAAGAAGCGAGACGACGUCGAGUUCAAAAAGUACUUGCCCACAGUUUUGGAUCAAGGAGGAAAAGUCGUCGUCUUUCUGCGAGCACGAGUCGAGCCCAAAAAGCCCGAAUAUCAACGGGCCUUUGAGCCUAAAGGCUAUUUCAAAUCCAAGUUUCUCUUGCCACUCAAGUCGACAGAAUGA